AGUAGUAACUUUAAACGACCAGUGGGUGGCAGGGUAUGGCGUUACACAUCAGUGUCCAAUGUAGUGGUUUAUGUGCAAGUAUACCACCAACACUGACACAAAUACAAGGAAACAGCCUUUGAAUAGCUGUCCACUGUAGUGACCACUAUGAAUGAAAGGGUUAGUCUAAUUUUCGCCUCCAUUUUUAUUUUACAGAACAUGCAAAAAAAAUAACAUGAGUGUGAUAAAAUAGUUGCAGAACGUGUGAGGACAGUGGAAACUUCAUGUCACGUGUUUCUGAAGGAAAUUUAAAAAAACCCCACACAGACGUCCUUGUCACCAUAUUUAUUGGUGUGGCAGUGAGAAGAAAAGAUGGUCUUACAAUGGUCUUUGUUCUUCAUGUACAUUUACAUUAAAGUUACUCCAACAGAAGCUUCAUCUUGGACUGCUGCUGUGCCAUCCUCAGUGAAAAGUCUCCUUGGCUCAUGUGUGGUGAUCCCCUGCUCUUAUAACUACCCAGAUCCAAAAACCAAUACCACAGGCUUUACAGGGAUUUGGUACAAUGGCAAUAAUGAAGUGAUCUGUCAUUCUGAUAAAUCUCAAACGUUGGAUCAGUUUCGGAGUCGGACAAAGCUGCUGGGAGACCUCAGCAAGAAGAAUUGUUCUCUGAUGAUCGAAGAUCUUCAACAAAGUGAUGGAGGGCCUUUAUAUUUCCGGAUUGAAAUUAAAGGCUAUGACCAGUACUCCUACACAAAUAACAAAGUCUCUGUUUCAGUCAGUCAACCCGAUUUAUCUGUGCAAGAGGAGGUAAAGGAGGGUGAGAAUGUGUCUGCAUCCUGCUCCGUGUUUCACUCCUGCCCCACAUAUCCACCUUCUUUCAUCUGGAGUCACUCUGGAGAGCAGCACGAUCAAACACAGCAGCUUCAUGAAGGCCAGUGGAACUCAACAUCUACUCUGACCUUUCACCCAAACCGCUCUGAUCACAACAAGCCUUUAAAAUGCAACAUAACAUACCAUAGAGGGCUGUACGUGGAAACAUCUAAGAUACUUCAAGUAAAAUAUGGCCCUGACAUCAAGACUUCCUCAAAGUGCUCCUCCGAGGACGGCGUGAUAAAGUGUGAGUGCAUCGUAGAGUCCGAGCCUCCCAGCAUGGUCUAUUUUAUUCUUGGUGACAGAGUCAUGCAAAGCAGCAAAGCAGAGAAAAAUGGCUCUGUUACUAUUGAGACUCUGCAGACAGACUUUGGGUCUUUCAGCUUUGUGCACUGCCUGGCAAACAACAGGCUGGGAUAUGACAACAUCUUACUCUCUUUACCUGUUAAAGACAACAUGCAGAAUAUUCUUAUCUCGUCUGGAGCAGGUGUGAUUUUGCUGAUUAUUUUGAUAGGAAGUGGAGUGGGAGUUGUUAAAAAAUGCAGGGGGAGAUCAAGAGACACAACAACCACUAACUUGAGCACCAUGAUGUCAGACAGACCUGUGGAGCUCCCUCAUAGUGGCCCAUCAAAAAGGAAAAUGAGCCGUAAGGACAUCCCUUCUCCUGACAUGUACACCAAUUAUCCUGUCUAUGGCAACACUGACUGGGAUGAGUCAAUAUACGGCAAUGUGUAGCAUGUGGAAGACCAGCUGCAGUCCAUGUUUGUGUCCUGUGAUAUAUGAGUUAACAACGAGUCAAGAUUUUUUUUCUAAUCUCAUUCAGUUUUCAAUGUUUAUCACCUAUAUCUAACAUAUAUAAUUCACAUUUUAUUUGUAGAAUACAGUAAGUAAAUAUUAAUGUCUAAAACUGUGAUAAUCUUAUGAUUCCUGUCAUAAACUGCAAAGAACUGGAAGAAGGUCAGUUCAUCAGAAGUUGACUUUUUGUAGUUGUUUUUCUGUCAUUUGAUUUUUUGUUAAUGACAGUGGCAAAAUAUCAUGUGAUCCCAUUAAGUAUGGCAAUUUUAAUUUUUUUUUUUUUUUUUGUUACCUGUUGCUGUGAACAGUUCUGCUGGGAAAACUGCAGUUAACCCUUGACCAUCCCUACAUGCCUAAAUGCACGGAGUAGCUGCAAUGUGAUUGGCUGAUUAUAUAUUUGUAUUAAUAAGCAGCUGAAUAUGUGUACCUAAAAAGAAGUGGCAAAUGAGUGUAUGUGAAUUUAUUCAACUUCAGUCAUACUCUUGUUACAUGCUGAGCUCUUCAUAAGGAUAAUUAUGGUGUACUCUACCUCCUGCCCAUCUUUACCUCACACGGCAUUCUACUUAUAAAACGUUGUUCAGGGCUUCACAUAAGCAUGGAGAAAAUUUCAAGGUUGACACUUUUUCCCACUUCCAUGUGUUCAUCCUCUUUGACUAGCUUUGAAUGACUUCAGUUUAACUGGGCAGGAGUGAGAAACAGAGCAGGAGACAAAUCAUUCUCCUCCACAGACAAAGAUGGAGAUGUGGGAUUACCUACAGAGUUGUAAUAUGAGGCCGGCAUUAGUCAUAAUACAAUGAGUUAUGUGUAGUUUAAUACUAAAACCUAAAAACCAG